AUGAAGAUUUUCUUGUUCUGUGCUCUCAUUGUGGCCACGGAAGCCGCCUUAGGUGGGCUUCUUGGAAGGACUCAAAGCUCUGGUGCCAAAGGUAUACUAACUUGCAACAAAAGACCAGCUGCUGGAGUGCUUGUAAAGCUGUACGACGACGACAGAGGAAUCGAUACUGAUGAUCUAAUGGCGACGACAAAAACCGACUCACGCGGUUAUUUCGAGCUUGAAGGUUACACCUCCGAAAUAACAACUAUUGACCCGAAAAUAAAUAUCUACCAUGACUGCAACGAUGAACUGAAGCCAUGUCAAAGAAAAAUUACCAUUUACGUUCCGGACAAAUACGUCUCAAGUGGAAAGAAAGCAAAAGCAAUUUAUGAUGCUGGAACAAUUGAGCUUGGCGGAAAGUUCAAAGGAGAGUCACGGGAUUGCAUCCACUAA